CAAUGAAAACGUGUGUUCCCCUUGGAAUAAAGGAUGCCAUUGCUGAAAUAUUUUAUGAGGGCUUAACAGAAAAUGUGUGUGCUUAUCUGACAUGUGAAAAAUUCUGGUCACUGCCUGAAGAAUCAGUGGACAAUUCGGUGCAGAUUGUAGCCUAUGUCUUCCUGGGGUCUUUCCUCAUUGUAGCUGUACUUUUCUAUUACUAUGUUGUUUAUACACAUUAUUACACUGAUGAAUCUCUAGUGGAAUAUUUCCAAAAGUUUAAAACUGAUGAGGAACACAAAGCGAGAUCUCAAAUGCCUGAAGGACAAGAAAUUAGACACCGUCAUGUAAACUGUAAACAUAGGAGUUGACAAAGACUGAUCUUGAUUUGUGUUUGUGGGCCUGUCCUUGGGCCUUUUUUUUCUUUUGACACUUGUAUGUUCCUGUACCAAAGGAGAUGGAGAUGAAUUUUACACUGAAUAUUAGGCUAUAUGUCCAAGGUGCAGUACUGUUUAAAAAAUACACAACCAAAGUAGUGUUUUUGCAGAAUGAUAUUUUAGUAUUAUAGAUCAUAAUAAUUAUAUAUUGUUAAGAUUUGUGUUUAAAGCCACAUCUUUGUGUCACAAAUAAAUACAUGUGCAAAUUGACGGUUAUAUUAUUGUUCUGGCAGCAGAUUCAAAAACAAUGGCUACAAAAUGUUUACCUUGGGUAACCAGUGGUUACCAGUCACAUAAUUAUGGCUGUGUCAAUGAGACAAUCACAUUAUAUAUUUUUUGAACAAUUAUGAGAUACAGCUCCCAUAUUAUCAAUAAGAAUACCCCCAGUUGAUUAGGUAUCAGAUUGCCAAAGACAGCAGUGAAUACAACUGCUCUGUCUGAUUGGGCCAUGGAUUUAUCACCUAUCAGACAAGAGCUUUUUCUGCAUAAAAUCUGCAGAAUUCUGCGAUUUUUAAUUCAAUUCUGAUGGUUCCUGAGAUUUGUCAAGGUCUGCAAUAAAAUCUGGUUCAGAGGGUUUUUUUAACCUUGGCCCAUCACUGCCUGUUAUUAAUGGACACAAGUGUACUGAAACUCUUUUUGUAUGGCAUCUUAUAAUGGCACAUACAGUAGGUGUAGCAUUUUAAAACUGUUUUUGUUUAAAGAAAGUUCAUUUUCUUUUUAAUAAUUAACCUUAUUAGUUUUUUUUUUUUUUUGUGCUGUAUACAUAACAUUAUCUCUAAAGGUCAGUCUUCAGUGUCAAAUUAUUUCUGUGAAAUUAUAGUAUUUUGUCUAAUGUCAGAGAUACGUAUAUAUUUAUUGAUCGGUGAUAUGAGACGUCUGGUGUUUUACAUAUCCAAGAUGCACCUUUUUUGUAAGUUGUCAUUAAGGUAUGGAGAUAAUAAG